AUGUCAAAUAUUUUAGAAAAAAAGAUGAAUAUAAGGAAUUUAACAGGAGUAUCCGGCUCUAAAUAUUCCAAUAUGUCUUUAAAAUGCAGGAAAUGUAAAAGUUAUGAAGAAAUAUUGGAUGAUAACGAAUCAUUUGAAAAACAAAUAAAUAAUGAUUCAGAAAAAAAGAGUGUUUCUGGUUCUUUUGAAAGAUAUCAAAGAGAAAGAGGGUAUAGUCAGAAUUGUUACGCUUGUAAUUCUUCAGUAUCUCCAAAAUCGCGACAUUUAAUCAAAUUUAAUGAACGUUUUUCUAAAAAAAAUAUAUCAGAUGAUCUUCAAAAGAACAACAGUUAUCUUAAUGAAGAUUUUUUGAAAUUAGUGAAGAAUUUUCAGCUGAACUUUUUGUGGGAUCAUUUAUUAAUGGAACUUGAUAUUAGUGAAAUUGAUGAAAUAAAAGAAGAAAGAGAAAAAUUAAUGAUUAAUUAUUUACUUGUUCCUAAGGAAUUGGAAAAGGUUUUAUUAUUUGGAUGGUUCAUUUGUCUUGAUACUCUUAUGUAUUUUUUUACAAUAUCACCACUCAGAUUUAUUAAAGUUUUAUAUAAGAUUUUUAAAAAUAAUUUUCUUUUAGUAUGGGAAAAUAAGAUCUACAGAGAUAAGAUCUGCAGAGAAAGUAAUAUAAAAUCUAGUGAAAAAAUUGACUUUCUUGAGGGGUUUUUGAUCUUAGGAACAUGUGUUAUUCUUCAGAGAUUAGAUGCUAGUCGUAUUUAUCAUAAUAUUCGAGGACAAGCUACUAUUAAGCUUUAUGUUAUAUAUAACGUUUUAGAAAUUGGUGAUCGUCUUUUAUCUGCAUUUGGACAAGAUGUUAUAGAAUCUUUUUUUUCAAAAGUUUCUAAUAGAGAAGGUUCAACUAAACAUUAUUAUUUAAAUCUUAGUUUAUAUUUUAUCCUUGCUUUGAUAGCUAAUGUUUUGCAUACCACUAUGUUAUUUUAUCAAGUUAUGACUUUAAAUGUUACUGUUAAUUCUUAUUCAAAUGCUUUAUUAACUCUUCUUAUAUCAAAUCAGUUUGUAGAAAUUAAAGGAACAAUAUUUAAAAAAUUUGAGAAUGAGAAUAUGCUUCAAAUGACAUUAGCUGAUAUUGUAGAACGAUUUCAAUUAACAUUGAUGCUUAGCAUAAUAUUGUUUAGAAAUUUGAUAGAAAUAUAUGAAUCAAGGUUUCCUUUUUCAUUAUUUCCAAGUUCAUUUUUUCAUUUUUCAUCUUAUUCUGUCUUUUUUAUGAUCACAACUCCAGUAAUAUUAGUUAUGGGUUCAGAAAUAUUUGUGGAUUGGCUUAAACACAUGUUUAUUAUAAAAUUUAAUCAUAUACAAUCAUCAAUAUACUCACGUUUUGCAGAUGUACUUUCUGAUUAUUAUAUUAGUUGCAUGAAUAAAAAAAAAGAUACACGUAUUAGACAGCCAUAUUUCAUAUCUCGGAAAAUUGGUCUCCCUAUCUUGCCUUUAGCAUGUUUAAUGAUUCGAGCAUCUUUUAAGAUUUGCAGGAUUUUUUACUCUUCUAAGCUUUUUACUGAUAUAAAAAUAUUAUCAAAUGAUCCAUCAUUAGAAAAAAUUAAGCUCUUUUUAUCUAAGGAUAAAAUUAUUCCUAUUUUUUAUGGAACUUUUAUUAUGAUUAUUCUUUUUUUUUGCUUGAUAGUUAUGAAAUUGAUUUUAAGCACAAUACUUAUGAAACUUUCAUAUAAAUAUUACAAUAAAGUUGUACAAGAUAAAGAGGAGGGAAAAGAAUUCAAAAUAACAAAAUCGAGUUCUAUUGGUCAACAGGAAAUUGAUGAAAAAACGAGAUUAUAUCUAAAUAAUGUCCAAAACAAAUUUAAAGAUGGGACUCAAAAACAUACUUUAUAUACUCUUGAAAGAUAUUCUAUGGUGACUAAACGUAUAUAUUGA